AUGGCUGACGACGAGAUUCUGUUCGACGAUGUGUACGAGCUGUGCGAGGCAAUCGGAAGAGGUCCAUUCUCGAUAGUACGGCGAUGUAUCCAUCGGGAGUCAAAUCAGCAAUUUGCGGUCAAGAUUGUGGACGUAGCCAAGUUUACGGCCAGCCCGGGACUAAGCACAUCCGAUUUGAAGCGAGAGGCCACAAUAUGUCACAUGCUGAAACAUCCGCACAUCGUCGAGCUGCUGGAAACGUACAGCUCGGAAGGAAUGCUGUACAUGGUGUUUGAGUACAUGGAAGGAUCAGACAUUUGCUUCGAAGUAGUGCGUCGGGCCGUGGCAGGAUUUGUGUACAGUGAGGCAGUAGCGUGUCAUUAUUUGCGGCAAAUUUUGGAAGCGUUACGCUACUGUCACGAGAACGACAUCAUACAUCGGGAUGUGAGGCCAGCCUGCGCCCUGUUGGCCACCGCUGACAACUCAGCACCUGUCAAGCUCGGUGGAUUCGGCUCGGCCGUGCAGCUUCCAAAUGGGCGUGAUUCGGUGGAGACGCAUGGACGGGUCGGAUGCCCUCACUAUAUGGCCCCGGAGGUGGUGGCACGGCGUGUGUACGGCAAGCCGUGCGACGUGUGGGGCGCUGGCGUGAUGCUACAUGUUCUGUUAUCCGGUCGUUUACCUUUUCACGGAUCCGGCAAACGGCUGCAGGAUGCCAUCGCUCGGGGACGUGUCAUGCUGGAUACACCGGAAUGGAAGCAUGUAUCGAGCAAUGCGAAAGAUCUAGUACUGAAGAUGCUUGCGCCCAAUCCCAUCAGCCGGCCGACAAUAACGGAAAUUCUGGAUCAUCCCUGGAUACGGGAUCGUGACAAACUGCAACGCAUUCAUCUCGGCGACACGGUUGAGGAGCUGAAGCGCUACAACGCCCGCCGCAAGCUGAAAGCCGCCGUCCAAACGGUCGCCGGCGGUGUUGCGAUGGAUCCCCUGUGCUGUGCGGAUACCGACUCAAUGGCCAUUGGUACUGCAUCGGAAAGCCUCAACGAGUGGGCCGACGAGGAGGCCGGUCUGGAGGCGAUCCAAAAAAUUCUUGACUCAUUAGACGAUAUCAUUGCUUUGCAAGAUGCAAACUGCGAUCCGGAUGUGCUGGCCGGGAUGCUGCGCGACGUGAAGCUGCACGAGCUGUUGCAGUUGUUCGAUAGAAUCAGUAGUUCGGUUAUCAAUCCAUCGCGGGCCCCACCGGGAGACGCCAUCAGCCGCUGCCGGGAUGCAAUCGAUGCCGUCUCAUCCACCGCGGGACACAAGUAUGUGCGCGAAAGGUCGGAGCUGAUCAACCUGCUAGGAUCACCACACAUUCAGGCGUUGAUGACGCGUUAA